UCAGCUGAAUGCGAAGUUGGGAGAUAACGCGCUCCUCAAACUGAAGCGUAAGCGUUUGUGAGUUCUGUCGGCAUUUUUGUCUUAAUUUGGCUGCACUGAUUACUUAUCUGCGCAUAUUUCGUUGCUUCCUGCAGUAAUAUUUCUGUCUUAGUGAAUCACUGUGGUCAUGAUUUAUUAUUCUUUGAGAAUCUGAUUGGAAAAGAAACAAUACUUUUCAAGUAUUUUUUUCCUAUUGGCCUUCGACGUUGGAAUGGUGAAACGUAACCCUCAGGUGAUACUUAAGAAACGGAUGUGUUUUGUUGUGUCCAUCUAGCUCUUAUCCAUCGUUUACUCUCAUGGUACGUUCUAGGAAGCGCCAUCCAUAAUGCAACAGGUCAGCUGAAAUCUAUUAUAUUCGAAGUCAUACGAGUCAUCGUAGUGUACCUCAAAUACGAUUUGAGGGUUGGCAAAACUGCAAUGCGGAAUUCAAGAAAAUGAUUCAGCAAUUUGGAACACAAGCUGUCAAUGAGGGAUGAUCCACAAAAUGAAGGAGAGUCUUGUGGAGAUAUUGAUUAUGAACAAUUAUUGUGCUCAGUUACAUCAAUGAGAUUUUUCGAUCGAUUGAAAGACCCCAACAAUGGAAUUACUAUGUCUGAUGGAUACAUAAGGAAGUGUUUGGAUACAAAAAUAGAUGAUUUUUUUGUAUCAGACAAAUUACGUAAGAUGCUGUUGGAUGAUGACAGUGAAGAAUAUAACUUAUAUUCAGAAGAUGAACGCAAACAAUUUUUAUUCAAACUUUUUGCUCACCUAUGCCUUGGAGGACAAUGGUGCCAAUAUGAAGAUAAUAUAAAUCCAUAUUUGCAUGCUACUCGUGCUGUGUAUAAGGAUCUCGUAAGUGUUCAGAAAGAAGCAGAAACAGAAAUGAUUUUUGUUAGUUCUGUGGUACUCAAAGUUGAAGUAAAAGAUCAGAAUGGCAUGCCAAUUUUUCCUCCUAAUCCAGACAAUGUGCAAAAUUUUGUAUAUUUAAUUAUUAAUCCUCUCUCUAGACGUGUGAUAGUUCUUAACAAUACUUAUGAUGGAGCAUUUUGCUUUUAAAGGUCUAAUAGUAUUCCAAUAAAAAAAGUAGAGGAUGGUACUAAAAAUCAGAAUCGAUGACUGAAAGAGAAUGUUUUAAUUGAGGUUUUAGAAAUUUCACCCGUAAUAACUGAAUUUUACAUUAAAUCCAGAAUGUGUCUUCAUUUUUAAAAUAAGGUAACUCAGUAUUUCAUUGUAGAGGAGAGCAAGAAAGUAGUCAGGUAGAAGAACAUGUCGGAAGAAGAGUUCAUUAAUAAAAACUAUUUUUGACUCAUGAAUUUGAAAGCAUCUUUCUCGUUAGACUCACACUGAAUUUGUCACCAAAAAAAAACAAAAACUUCUGUUCUUGGAAUAUUAUGUAUCAUGAAUGAAUUAGAUUUUAUAAUGAACUGGUAUUCCUAUGGAACAAGAACUUUUCAAUGUCGCUUCACUAGGCUUUACAUUUGGUGGUACAUUUAGGCACACAUUUUGUUGAACCCUCUUUUUGUUACUUGUAAUGAAGAAGUGGGUUGCUAUUUUAUUAGCAAAACUAUACAAUCAAAUCAACAAUUUGUGUACCGAUCCACAUACGUUUUCUAUUACUCAUGAGAGAAAAUUUAUAGUUUUU